GUAAGACGGGACUCGUAUAAUUGAUCUGACUUCUAAGUUCAAUAAAAAUAAUAUAAUUUGUUAUCAACUUAUUAACACAUUCACUGACACGCUGUCAUUGUAUACACGUAUUCUUAUGGAGUAAAUGACUUCAUAUGCAGUCAUGACCGUGAAUGUGUGAAUAUCUUGUGACACCGAAUAGUUGGAAAAGAAAUAUGUUUUUGAAUAGUAGUGGUUUGUGUUCAACAUUUACAAUAUGGCAGACAGCGAAAUAUGUAAAUCUGCUAAUUAUGAAGAGUGUGUUUUAAAAGAUGUUAACACAAUGACAUGUUCUGAUAAUAAUGAUGUUAAAAGUGCAAGAAAAUCGGAUACAUUUUUUCUGUACUUUACGAUAUUCACUGGAAGUUUGCCAUGGUUUGUAGGAGGAAUGUCAAUUGUAUGGGCUUCACCAGCACUUACAAAAUUGCAAUUAAAUGAUACCGAAGUAAAUCCAAUAGGAAGACCAAUUAAGCCAUCUGAAGUAUCAGCUCUACUUGUAUCACAAGCUGUUGGAGGUAUAAUUGGGACUCUUCUAUUACCGAAGUUAGCAGAUAUUUUUGGAAGGAAACGAAGCAUACAAAUUUUAAGCUUCGUUAUGAUACUAAGUACUUCUGGGGUAGCAUUUUCUACGUAUAUUGAGUUAAUAGUGUUUUGUGCAGCGAUUACAGUCGUAGCGUUUUGUGGAAUCUGGGGCAUCUGCCCUAUUUACAUUACAGAAAUAUGUGAAGAUCAUAACAGGGCUAAAUUUUCUUGUUUUAUGGCAGCUUCAAUUCCAAUGGGAGAGUUGUUUUGUUAUAUCAUAGGGUCGUUGUUAAGUUAUAAACUUUAUACCAUGGUUAUGACAUUACCCUUACUUUUACAUCUGGCCCUAUCUUUGUUUUUACCAGAAAGUCCUAUAUUUUCUCUAACAAAAAAUAAAAAAACUGACUGCCUUAUUGCUCUUAGGAAACUAAGAAGUAAUAAGUCUAAUGAAGAAAUCAACACUGAUUUCGAGAAUAUGUGUAACAAUUUAACAAAAAUAAAUAGUACAAAAGGAUUAGGUGUUAGGCAACUACUAAGUAUAAGAGAAGGUCGGAUUGGUUUACUCCUGAGUCUUUUGCCAAUUUGUGUCCAAAAUCUAUGCGGUGUUCCACUAUUGAUGCCGUUAAUGGCUCCAAUUUUUAACAAGUCGGGUUCAAACCUCUCUGGAAAUAUAAUCGCUAUGUAUGUAGGAUUGGUCAAAAUUAUAACUUUUAUUACAGCAUCUAUGGUAGUUGAAAAACUUGGCAGAAAACCCUUAUUGAUCACCUCAUCCAUAGGAACUGGAAUAUGUAUGAUAGUACUAGGAAUCUUUUUCUACUUAAAACAUAUUAACUCCUCUUUUAUCCUGCAAUUUCAAUGGGUGCCGCUUACAUGUAUUCUUAUUUACUUUAUUUUCUAUGGGUUUGGGCUUGGUCCUGUACCGUACUCAAUGAUAAGUGAACUAUUUCCAUCUAACUUAAGAUCUGCCGCUUCUAUAAUAGUUCUCACGGCAGUGGGUAUUCUGAUUGCAGUGUACUUGGCAGUAUUUCUUACAUUAGCUGAAGCAAUUGGGAUUCACUGGUGUAUGGAAAUGUUUGCCACUAUGUCGUUCAUAGAAACAGUUUUAUUUUACAUGAUAUUGCCGGAAACAAAAGGAAAGAGUACUGAAGAAAUUCAAGACAUAGUUAAAAACUUAAAAAUUUUUAAAAAGCGUAAAUAAAUAUUAAAUAUAUUUGUUAUGUAAGUUCAUCAAUAAAACCAUUUAAAUAACAA